AAAAUAGUGCUGUAAAACGCUGACUGUCAAUUUUAACUAAAACGAAGCUUUAUUAUUAUUAUUUUGUGCGAUUGCGCAUGUUGUGCUGAGAGAAACUCUACAAUAAAAGGUGUUUGUUGUCGUAGUGCUGGACGAUUUGGUACAACUCUGAUGAACUCCGAGCUGAAGAGUACGGUAGAAUCCGCUUGCCGCACGGCUGAGGACUUUACGCGCCUGUACUACGCCUCCCUAGACAAUCGUCGUCAUCAAUUGGGUCGCUUAUACAUAGACAGCGCUACACUUAGCUGGAAUGGAAAUGGUUCAAAAGGACGCGAAGUUAUAGAACGAUUCAUCCUUGAGUUACCGCAAUCGCAGCAUCAGUUGACUUCAUUGGAUGCACAGCCUAUUUUAGACGGCGCUGUAGGCACGCAGACAACAUAUCUCAUUAUGGCUGGAGGCACUGUUAAAUUCUCUGACCAACCAGUACGGAAUUUUCAACAAAAUUUCGUUAUUACAGCCGAGAAUGAGAAGUGGAAGAUAGCCUCGGAUUGUUAUCGCCUACAGGAGCCCAUGUGAUUUAUAUUUAUUUAUUCCUUGCGUGCCAAAAAUUAAUGGCUUGACAUGACAAAUAUUUCUGUAAAGACUUAAAUAUACACCUAUUUAGAGAAAU